UAAGAAGGUCGGUGACGUCAGAGCAAAGGCAGGCGCCAUUUUGAAGCUUGCGAGUGGCGUCGUCCCCGUCGCGUCCUCUUCUUCUUCCUCCUACAGCGCGACGACUUCUUCUGCGUCCACCUCGUCUACCGUCGUCGUUUUCUACUCCGUCGUCGUUGUCGCCAACGUCUCUUCGACAUGCCGGGGUACAGCGAUAGAGAUCGCGGCGAUAGAGAUCGCGGCCGCGACAGGUGGGGUCGUGAUUCCAGCCCGCGCUUCGGCAGCAGCCGCGGGUUCGGUGGGGGUGACCGCGGUGGUGGCGGCGGCGGCGGCAUGAGGAAGUUCGGGCAGCCUGGCGAGAAGUUGCGCAAGGUCAAGUGGGACAUGAGCAAACUCCCACGCUUCGAGAAGAACUUCUACGUGGAGAGUCCCAACGUGGUACGCCGGAGCCAGCACGAGGUGGAUGAGUACAGGCGGAAGAAGGAGAUCACGGUGAAAGGGCAGAGCUGUCCCAAACCGGUUUUCAGUUUCGAGGAGGCCAGCUUCCCUUCCUACGUGAUGGACGUCAUAAAGCAGCUGAACUUUAAGGAGCCCACCCCAAUCCAGGCACAGGGAUGGCCCUUGGCGUUGAGCGGGCAGGACAUGGUUGGCAUCGCCAUGACGGGCUCAGGAAAGACCCUGGCUUAUUUGCUUCCAGCCAUCGUGCACAUUAACCACCAGCCCUUCCUGGAGCGUGGCGAUGGCCCAGUGGUGCUGGUGCUGGCACCAACGCGUGAGUUGGCACAGCAGGUGCAGCAGGUCGCGCAGGACUACGGCCGCUUGUCACGCAUCAAGUCCACGUGCGUGUACGGUGGAGCCCCAAAGGGCCCACAGCUGCGCGACCUUGAGAGAGGAGUUGAGAUCUGCAUCGCCACCCCGGGGCGCCUCAUUGACUUCCUGGAGUCGGGCAAGACAAACCUACGGCGCUGCACCUACCUGGUGCUGGACGAGGCCGAUCGCAUGUUGGACAUGGGCUUCGAGCCACAGAUCCGCACCAUCGUUGACCAGAUCCGGCCGGACCGGCAGACGCUCAUGUGGAGCGCCACGUGGCCCCGGGAGGUACGACAGCUUGCAGAGGACUUCCUGAAGAGCUACAUCCAGAUCAACGUGGGCUCCAUUGAGCUAUCGGCCAACCACAACAUCCUGCAGAUUGUCGACGUGUGCAUGGACAGCGAGAAAGACAGCAAGCUGAUCCGCCUGAUGGAGGAGAUCAUGGCAGAGAAGGAAAACAAGACGAUCAUCUUUGUGGAGACUAAACGGCGUGUGGAUGACCUGACACGGAGGAUGAGGCGCGACGGAUGGCCGGCAAUGUGCAUUCAUGGAGACAAAAGUCAGCCGGAGCGAGAUUGGGUUCUGAGUGAAUUCCGCACUGGCAAGGCCCCCAUCCUCAUUGCGACUGACGUUGCUUCUAGAGGACUAGACGUGGAAGACAUCAAAUUUGUCAUCAAUUACGACUACCCAAACUCGUCGGAGGACUAUGUACACCGCAUAGGCCGCACAGCUCGCAGCACCAACAAGGGCACUGCCUACACCUUCUUUACUCCAUCCAACCUCCGCCAGGCCAACGACCUGGUGAACGUUCUACGAGAGGCCAACCAGGCCAUCAACCCCAAGCUGCUAGAGCUGGCUGGCGGGGCCCGUGGAGGCAAAGGUCGCUCCCGGUACCGUGGUGGUGGUGGAGGUGGCGGCAGUUACCGCGAUGACAGCGAUGACGAUCGACGUGAUCGCUUCGGAAGUCGUUUUGGCUCCGGCCGAGAUCGCGACCGAGACCGUGGUGGUCGGGACCGCGAUAGCGGGAGCAGUCGGGAUCGUGGGUACGGGUUAUCAGGAGGGAACAGAGACUCUGGCUCGAACCGAGAUGCUGACAGUAACAGCAGCCAGAGCCAGAUGCUGCAAAAAAGCCUGCUAGGGUUAGCACCACAAGGUGGUCUAUCCCUAAUAGGCCAGCCAGGUCUCCUGGGACUGAUCCCUUCUUUCUCUGCUGCCAGGGACGGUAAGUUGGCCCAGGUGGGUGGGGACCAAAGCUCGCAGCAGUCAGCACAGCAGCAGCAGUUUCUUACAGCGAGCACGCCCCAAAUCUCAACCCUCCUUGCGCAGCAGUACAGUCAGUACCAGUCACCCAUGCCGCUCAUGAGCCUCAACUUCAUUCCUGACAUAAACCAGGCGAACUUCUGUUUGCCUACGAAUGGUGUUGUACCCCCUCCUCCCCCACCCCCUCCUCCCCCAGGAGUUAAAAACUGAUUUCACUUUUCAUUUCUGUUCACUUGUGUAUUAACACUUCGAAAGUAGAUCAAACAUUUAAGGACAUUUACUUAUAUAUACUUUUGUUCCUUGAUUUAGAAAAAUGGUGUAAAAGUGAUUGUCCAACUCCAUUCCUCGUGUCCCACGAGUGUGACGAUUGGACUUUUAAUAUGGACUCAGGGUGGGGGGGGGGGGAACUAGGAAUGGAGUUAGGUUCUGCAUUAUCGGGGCAAUCAUCCCAUGGUAAGUAGCAUGUUUUUGGUUUAAACAAAAAAGUCCUUGUGAAGGUGUUUGACACAUUCCCAUUUAUUUGUAUAGUCUUAACCUUUUCAGAGCUAUGUAUUUGUAGUGUUACCAAAUUAUGGCGUAGCACUCAUGUUUGUAUCGUUUUCAAUAAAGGCCAAUGAGCACA